UGCGAAUGUUACUGUGACAAUGGUUCCACCUAUUAUAUAACUAAACUGAACUUGGGUCUGAAUCUCUUGACGGGAUCAAUAUCGGCGCAGGUCGGCAAUCUGAGUCGCAUGCAAUACUUGAGCCUUAAUGCCAAUGAGUUAUCCGGGGAGCUUCCGCACGAGAUCGGAUAUCUUACUGAGCUGCUAGUACUACACUUAUCUAGCUCAGGAAUCAGCCGCAGAAUUCCUUCAUCUUAUGCAUAUCUUACAGAGUUAAAAACCUUGUGGGCAUCCGACAAUAAUCUCACGGGCUCCAUCCCUUACUUCGUAGGGAACUGGUUCAAACUUACUGACCUGAGGCUGCAAGGGAAUUCUUUUGCUGGUCCAAUACCAUCAACCUUUUCCAAAAAAACCGCUUUAGAAGAAGUGAGAGUAUCGGACAUUUCUAAUGGCAUCUCUACGCUAGAAUUUCUGGAUGACAUGAGGAAUCUUAGAACUUUUUUGACUGCUUGCAGAAUUCUGAGGAAUAAUGAUAUUCACGGUACUAUUACACCAUCUGUCAGUAGUAACGAAAAAUUUGAGCACAUCUACCAAUUAAUGAAAGCAUCUGCAACUAAUUCUUUGAGACAAAUAAAAGAUGCUAAGACGUAUAUCUUAUCGUUCCCUACAAGAAUCAGCUCAUUUUGAAGCCCAAUAGCUUAUUUUGCUGUUGCUCCUAGGAAAGGGAAUGCUUAUUUUGGCUUUAGGCCAACAAAAUAAGCCACGUCAAAUUUUCUACUGAAAUAUUUUA